AUGCCGCCCACAGGCGCUCCCGUCAAGCUCCCAACCUACGAAGAUGAGCUCAUGUUGCUCGAAGGUGCUCGCUUGAUCGCUGCCACAUACGAGGGCAAUCCAAGGAACUACGAAGACGUGUGGUAUCUGUUCUGGCUUCAGUUCUUCAGGAUCUGGACUUUCCAUAUCUUCUGUCAAUGCUUGCCUUCCGCGCAAUACUCCGUUUGGACCCAAUGGACAGCGGACGUCCACAAGAUACUUGAGCAGAUCGUCUUCGGCAACCCCUCGACUUCGGAACCUCACUGGACGCAGUACACCGGCUCAGACCCCCCGGAUCCCAAAUCCGACGCCAAGUGGUUGCAAAAUUUGCCCGUGGCCGGUCAUAAGAAGAAGGCCUCAGACAAAGACGAACAGCCUGAUGGGACUUCUGAAAAGGCCGAGGGAAAGAAGCCCGAUCUUGCAGUCCAGCCCGAACGUCCUGCCGAGCCUGAGCAUCCUGUCGAUCCUGAAGCCCCCGUCACCGGCUCCGCCGCGAGCAGUGCUCAGCAAACAGAGCCCGGUUGUGACACGACGCAAAGGAUUCCGGAUACGUGCCUUGUCAUGUACCACAUCCCCAAGCUUAACCAGGAGGCCGCCCGUGCCCUGAUGGCCGAGCGUCUGAGGGCAAUAAGUCAACCAGAUCAAGAUCAGCCGCAGCCCGCCGGUUCAUAUCAGGCUACGGACGCGCCUCAAGACCCAGGCCCGUCUCGCAAUGCUCCCACAUCCUCCGCGUCCCAACAUGGUCCUGUUCCGCCUCCAGGAAGCGCGAGCCUCCGGAUUCUGUUGAACUACUGGAUCGACAGAACAAACUCGGACAACGCGCCGAAUGAUCCCAGCCACGACCCCAUCAGAAACGCGAUACCCGCAUACCGACUGGUUGGCUUACACAAAGGCAUCACUCAGUUCAAGUCGGUCAUCGCUGAGCACAAGGGCGGAGCUUCGCGCGGCGAUCUACCCAUGGUCGAAUACGUCGCAAAACAGUUAUAUAAGAUGAAGGAAGGACAGCGCGGAUCAGCGAAUCAGGGCCGACUGUACCUUAUGCACUGUCAGCACUACAGUACCCAGACGGAGGUGCUGCUGAUUGCCUCAGUCGACGACACCUGGACGCAUAGUAUUCUGCGUCGUGUGGACGAUAAGUCGGGCAAGUUCAAGGUGCAGAUGGAUCCAUGGUCGGCUCCGGUGAUCGUGGGCUCCGACAAUUCGAACGCCCGCGAGACCCGACUUCUUGCUUGGAUAAACGAGCACUUCCCACAGGACCUGGGUCCUCUCGUUCGAGAGGGCAGGUCUCGGCGUCGUGAGACAACCCCAGCGUCUCAUGCCGGCAGCGAUCACGAGAACGACGAUGGCCGCCCCAAGCGUUCUGGCAAAGGUCGUGCCUCGCGAGGCGCCAAAGGCCGCCGGGGAAACAACGGUGGCAACGGUGCUGAGGUUGACGGACGCAGCGGAGGACGCGCAGCGAUGGACGCACCGUCUGAUCCUCGCUACGACCUUCGCAAGCGCACGGGAAGGACGACGCUGCCGGAGGGACCUCCACCGCCAGAAACAGAUGACCAAUCAUCUAAUCCUCGCUAUGAUCUUCGAAAGCGUUCGAAAAAUACGAAGCCAUCGAAGGAACCUACAACGCCUACCGAGCCCCCUCCCAAGCGGCGACGCACUGCAGCAAGCAAGGAGCCGUCGACGUCGCGAAAGCCUGUGAACCCCACUCGCAGCGGGCGCCCUUCGCAGCAGUCGGCAGGUCGCACGACCAGGUCGUCCAACAAGAACACGAAUAAGGCUUCAUGAUAUGUAGAUACUUCUUUAAUUACUUGCACGCGCUGGACGUACAUAGGGGACAUGAUAUGUACUUUUGUAGGGUCGCCCUGCCAGACCAUUCAGCCUUACUUUUAAAUUACACGGUGCCCCUGGACCCACGACCACAAGUGUGCAAGUCAUGCCCAAAAUCUUGGACGCAAGGCAAAGUCGAAGCCAUUGGAGCUGGGGCUUCCUCUAGUGUAUCUACUUAUAUAGUUGUAUUUGGAUAAUCACUGCAGUCAGCAAUACAGGUUAACAGGUAACCUUGCCUUGCAAGGUCUCUCCCGCCCUUAAUUAGCCCCGUCAAUUUGUACGGUGCUCUUGGGCAACAACCGUCAAGUUACGC